AUGGACUUUGCAACGCCACUCGAGGCCGUGCAGACGACCGGCAAGGCGUCAUUCCCGGCCGAGGCCAACUCACUCGAAUAUGCCCGCCGACUGGACAGCCAGGAUGUCCUGCGCGACCUGCGCGACCAGUUCAUCUUCCCGACACGGGCCUCGCUAAAGCGCGUGCUGGCACCGACGGCGACGCUGACGGCCGACGACGAGCAGUCGGUGGUGUACUUUUGCGGCAACUCGCUCGGGCUGCAGCCCAAGGCAGUGCGCACCAGCCUGGAGCAGCACCUGGCAACAUGGGCCGGCCUGGGCGUCUACGGACACUUCCACCAGCUGCCCGGGUCCGGACUGGCGUCCUGGCAGGACUUGGAGGCAGCCUGCUCGGCCAUGAUGGCACCGCUGGUCGGGGCAGUGCCGGCCGAGGUGGUCACGAUGAACACGCUCACAGUCAACGUGCAGCUGCUCCUCGGCAGCUUCUACCAGCCGACAGCAGCCCGCCACAAGAUCCUGCUCGAGUGGAAGCCCUUUCCGAGCGACUACUACGCCAUCUCGACGCACAUCCGCAUGCGCGGCUUCGACCCGGCCACGUCCAUGGUCGAGCUGCAGCCCGACAGCGACGCCACUCACGAGGGCGGCCACUACAUCUCGACGGCCUCCAUCCUGGCCGCCAUCGACCGCCACGCCGACGAUGCUGCCCUGCUGCUCCUCCCCGGCAUUCAGUACUACAGCGGCCAGCUGUUUGACAUCGAGACCAUCACGCGUCACGCUCAUGCCCGCGGCCUCGUCGUCGGCUGGGAUCUCGCCCAUGCUGCUGGCAACGUCCCCCUGCGCCUGCACGACUGGGACGUCGACUUUGCCGCCUGGUGCACGUACAAGUACAUCAAUGCCGGCCCCGGUGCCAUCGCCGGCGCCUUUGUGCACGAGCGCCAUGGCACCGUCGAGCGCGGCGAGGACGACGGCUUCCGGUUCCGCAACCGCCUCGCCGGCUGGUAUGGCGCCGACAAGUCCAUUCGCUUCAACAUGGCCAAGCAGUUUCAGCCGACCGUGGGCGCGUCUGGCUUUCAGCUCAGCAACCCCAGCGCGAUUGACCUUGCUAGCCUGCACGGCGCCCUCAACGCCCUCUCGUCUGCCACCUCCAUCGAGCAGCUCCGCCACAAGAGCCUCGUGCUGACCGCCUAUACCGAGUGUCUGCUCGAUCGCAUCGUCGCUGACGCCCCCGCUGGCCAGCCUCCGUUUGUCCUCCUCACUCCCCGCGUCCCGGCUGAGCGUGGCGCCCAGAUCAGCGUCCUCCUGCGGGAGGGCCUCCUCGAAAAGAUCGGCCGCGCCCUUGAGGCCGCCGGCGUCGUCUGCGACCAGCGCAAGCCCAACGUCAUCCGUGUCGCCCCGGUCCCCAUGUACAACAGCUUCGAGGACGUCUUCCGCUGCGUCGGCGCUCUGCGAAAAGCUAUCCUGGAAGAGGCAUAG